AUUGAUUUUGGGGGUGGAGAGAAGCUGGGACAAGUGCUUAUCAGCUUGAGAAGGAGGAAGAGCUGUGCUGGGUUUGUUGUCAUUCCCACACUGAGUAGAGUACUUGCUGCUUUUGUGGUUAGGCUUCCCUGCCGUGGUUUUUUUUAAAUAUAUAUAUUUUAUUGUUAUUACAACUACAAUGGUGUCUAUAAUCUCUGACUUGGAUCCUCUGAAAAGCUGGAAAGUUUUAAGAGAGACUGCCACAGAGUUAUCUGGAACAUUACCAAGUAACGGCACAGCUAACAAGAUGAAUGGAGCUUUGGAUCAUUCAGACCAACCAGACCCAGAUGCCAUUAAGAUGUUUGUUGGACAGAUUCCCCGUUCAUGGUCAGAAAAAGAGUUAAAAGAACUUUUUGAGCCUUAUGGAGCUGUCUACCAGAUUAACGUUCUCCGAGACAGAAGUCAGAACCCUCCCCAAAGUAAAGGUUGUUGUUUCGUAACAUUUUAUACAAGAAAAGCUGCUCUUGAAGCACAGAAUGCACUGCACAAUAUUAAAACUUUACCUGGGAUGCAUCAUCCUAUUCAGAUGAAACCUGCAGAUAGUGAAAAGUCAAAUGCUGUGGAAGACAGAAAAUUGUUCAUAGGAAUGGUUUCAAAGAAGUGUAAUGAGAAUGAUAUCAGGGUGAUGUUUUCUCCGUUCGGCCAGAUAGAAGAAUGCCGAAUCCUUCGGGGACCGGAUGGGCUGAGCAGAGGCUGUGCGUUUGUCACAUUUUCUACAAGGGCAAUGGCACAGAAUGCAAUCAAAGCCAUGCACCAGUCUCAGACCAUGGAGGGCUGCUCUUCGCCAAUCGUAGUGAAGUUUGCUGACACCCAAAAGGACAAGGAGCAGCGGCGUUUGCAGCAGCAGUUGGCACAGCAGAUGCAACAGCUCAAUACUGCCACUUGGGGAAACCUCACAGGUCUUGGAGGACUCACACCACAAUACCUAGCUCUUCUGCAGCAAGCAACUUCCUCCAGUAACUUGGGUGCCUUCAGCGGCAUUCAGCAAAUGGCCGGCAUGAACGCUUUACAGUUACAGAAUUUGGCAACUCUAGCAGCCGCAGCAGCCGCCGCCCAAACCUCAGCUACCACCACCAAUGCAAACCCUCUCUCCACAACGACUGGUGCUCUGGGAGCCCUCACAAGUCCUGUGGCUGCAUCAACUGCUAAUUCCACAGCUGGUGCGGCCAUGAAUUCUUUGACUUCUCUGGGUACUCUCCAAGGAUUGGCUGGAGCCACUGUUGGACUGAAUAAUAUUAAUGCACUAGCAGGUACCGUAAACAGUAUGGCGGCCCUGAACGGAGGACUCGGCGCAACAGGCCUGACGAACGGUACGGCCGGCACAAUGGACGCGCUCACCCAGGCCUACUCAGGGAUCCAGCAGUACGCGGCGGCCGCGCUGCCCACCCUGUACAGCCAGAGCUUGUUGCAGCAGCAGAGCGCUGCGGGCAGCCAGAAGGAAGGUCCAGAAGGGGCAAACCUCUUUAUUUACCACCUCCCCCAGGAGUUUGGAGACCAGGACAUUCUGCAGAUGUUCAUGCCUUUUGGAAAUGUUAUCUCUGCUAAAGUCUUCAUUGACAAACAGACCAAUCUCAGCAAGUGCUUUGGUUUUGUUAGCUAUGACAAUCCAGUCUCUGCACAAGCUGCUAUCCAGGCUAUGAACGGCUUUCAGAUUGGCAUGAAACGCUUGAAGGUGCAGCUGAAACGCUCCAAAAAUGACAGCAAACCUUACUGAUCUUAACCCCAGAUGCUUACUGCUCUUAUUUUAGCUUUCUUAGGGUAAGUCCCAUGAGCAAACCUGUCCUCUGCAGGGGGGUUAAGAAAGAACAUAUAGCCAACCUUCACCAAGAGACAGUUAUUUUUACAGUUACCACUUCCAUUUCCCCACUUGUCCUUAUUACACUUGGCUCCCAUUUCCUUGCCAAGUAAUUACUGAGUUGUGUUACUGUAUUUUAUUUUGCAGCAUAAUUUAUCUCCUUUAAAAAUAAUAAUAAUAAUAAACGUCUUGAAAUUCAAAGCAGCACACACACACAGACACAAAAAAUGUGCAAUUUAACUCUGUGAACCCUGGUGCCAUUAGCACACAAUAAAAGUUGUUUUCUAUGGAUGGAUCAUAUUUUACCAGGGUGGCACCAGCAGUUUAUAGGUUAAACAAAACGGCCUCAUGCCAGUUGAAGCACUUACUUUGCAACAAAAAUUGAAACAAGUCUUUCCACUACAUCAACUUGUUUUUUGAGAAGAUUUGAUUUUUAUUUUUUUUUCUGUUUAAAUCAACGUAUUGUUAUAUAUUAGUCUGAUUUUACACUGGUCGUCUUUAUAUUUCACUUUUUUUUUUUUAAGUUCUUGUUUUUUGGAAAGGAUUAAUGUAAAAAAGAUUUAGAGAUCUGUUUCUAAAGCUACAGGGUUUAAAAUAAAAUAAAAAAAAAUAAAAUGAGUGACAAUACUUGAUGUUUCUUGAGAGAUAAAUUUAAUAAUAAUAAUAAAAAAAAAGAAAGCCACAGGCCUGUAAAUUUUAUUUGUAAAAAGCAUUUCUAUUUUUAUACAAAAUUUUUACUGCCUCAGAAAUAAUGGAAGUUAUUUAUUGCCUAUUGUUAACUUAUUGGGUACCUAAAGAGCAGCUCUCUAUGCUAGCUAGAUCCUUUGAAGUAGUCUCUAGAGUAAUUGUGCCAAGAAUGGGCUCUUUUUCACUGUUGAACCCUACACCUUUACAGUUCAUGCUUUUAUCCUCUUGUUUGUAUUUGUCUGGUUAUUUUGUUCGUAGUUUCCAUUACCUAGUUUAAAGUUCAGUUGUCUGACCCUUCCCUCCUCCCCGUUACCUUUCUGUUACAUUUGUAGAAACUGGUUCUUUCCUCUCUUUUCUCCCCAAAGAGGAAUCCAUUCUCUCUGACUCCUUUCAGAUGGAUCCUUUUGGGGUUCCAUUGUGCUCUUGUUGACAAGUAUUGUAAGUUAAUGCAAAUUACGUGAACGGCUCAUAGACUCUACUGGUAAAAGAUUUGCAUUAGUUUUUCUCCUGCACCCAUAAAAGUGAUUUUGUUUGUGCUGCAUAGAUUCUGUGUAACUUUUUUUCCUCUUCCUUGUUUUUUCCCUAGACAUCUCCAUGCCCGUUAGCCCAUCGUUUGCCUAGCAUGUCCCUGUGGCGUCUCAAAAUAAAAAAAAGUCUCAUCGUCCCGUCAUUGUUUCUGAUGUCUUUCUGACCUCACAUCAUAUUUGGUUCUCCUACUGACCUUUGAGCUAGUUUGACCUUUGAAAUUUGCAUGUGACCUCAUCUAGCUAUGAAUUCUGGGAAGUCAAUGUGAAAAAACAUUGCUGCAUUCAUGCAAGACUGAAAUUUAUUAUUAGAUAAAUUAAUGAUAGGAUUUAAAAAACAACCUGUGGCAAAAUGUUUUGUUCUUUCUUUCCUUUUUUUUUUUGUUUGUUUGUUUUCGUUUUUCCUUUGGGUUUUUUUUUUGUUUGGGUUUUCUUCUUUUCCUGUUGGUUUUCUUUUGUUGUUGUUGUUGGGUUUUGAGUUUGGUUUGGUUUGGUUUUUUUUUUUCAUUUCGUAAAAAAAAAAUAAUAAUAAAAAAAAAAAACAGACUUGAAAGUAUUAUACAGGGAUUGGCAUUCUGCCUGGUCACUGGUGACAAUAGCAAUAUGUGUCCAGAGGCACAGAAUGUUGGUUUCUAACAGACUACUUCCAAAACAGUUUGAGAAAUAAAACUGUCUGAUUUUAAGUCUCUAGAGGUCUGUAAUAGUUUUUACAUUUUUCAGGCAGUGUAAAGUUUUUUGAUAAGGCCAUUUUAGGUGGCUCACUUUCUCAUUAAAGUAUAUAUAUAGAACCACUUUUUGUAGAUUAGUAUAAGAAAAAUAUUUACCCUGUUUUAGGGCAAAUGCUACCUACUUGUGUCACCUUUUGCUGAACUGACUCACAGUUAGACAAUCCAUGGUUUAAUGCACAUGAAAUUACCUAUAUUUUAUACUGUUUCAAUGUACAGAAGAAAGGUUACUGUAAAAUGUGUUACGUUGGUGCUUCUGUGAAUUAAGUUGUGGUUUCAUCAUGAGUCUUAUGGUCUUAAGUGUUCUAUGUUUAUAAAAGGCGAGUUGAAAAUUGGUUUACUUGAACAACAAGAACAAAAAGCAAGAUUUAAAACAAAACGAAACAAAAAAAAACACAAAAAAAGUUGUUUGCUUAAAAAAAAAAAAAAAAAAAAGAAUUUCAUGUGAAAAAAUGCAAAAAUAUUCCAGAAUAAGUUUGUGUUGGCUUGUGACGCAUUGAUGUCAUUUUUUUAUUGUGAACAAUUUAGAUGUGUUUGUGUUCAGCAAAAUGUGAUCGGUUUUUCUUUUAAAGAAAAAAAUAAAUAAUAAUCAGUGAAACUAUAGUGCCAAAUUCCAAAGGUACUUUCUUCCUAGAGCUUCAGUGUGUUUCUUGUGUGAAGUAAUUUGAUAACAUGGGUAUUUUAUUAUGUGUUUUGUAUAAAUCCCUAAUAUUUAAAGAAAAAAGAGGUUAAAAAGUUUGUUAACUUGCUAUCCUGUGGUCUUGUUGCCUGAAUUGUUAUUGUUUGUUAUUUCUCUUUGAUGUUUUUUGUAAAACAUUGUAUAAGUGCCCAUGUUUCACUUUUUUAACCACUCUGCACACAUCAAUGCUGUGAAAGCAAACCUCACUAUGUAUUUUCUUCAUAUUGUAUGGAAACCUCUAAGGUGAGAAAGUUUUGAACUUUUAACCCUUUCCACCCAGAGCUGUCUUGAGUGUUAAUACCUUUUAUACAUUCACCAUUUUGCUGUUUAUUUUUAUAUAUAUAUCUAUAUCUAUAAAUAUAUAUAUACUUAGUUUUUUGUGGUUUAUUUAAUACAUGGUUGAAAUCAGAACAAUGCACAGGGCAGAUCUGAAGGACAAAAAUAUUUUACUGCUGUCUAAAUUUCUUCUGUAUCUAUAACUAAAAUUAUUUAAAACAGUAAUUAACUUGUGGUUUUCCUUUUUAGAUUUGGGGGAUUUUGUCUUUUCUUAAAGAGCUUUUAAUAUGCUGCUGGAAUAUGCUAUUCAGUAUUAAUAAAAUGAAAGAAAAAGAAAACAAUUCUUUAAUUAUCUAUUGUGUGAGCCACUCCCACACAGGAGUGGCAAAUCCACCAUUUGAAAACCUUGAGGAGAAAAAAAAAAUAAUAAUAAAAAUAAUAAUAAUAAAUAAAUAAUAUUUUUGUAAUUUAAAUAAAUGAACUUUUGCUUAAAUCAGAUGCACUAGAUCUUCCUGGAUGAAAAUUCAGUGUGCACUGCAGUUAAACUACUUUUUAUGGAUAAAGUUUACAUACACUGUAAUGUUUGGUGUUACCUGCCAUGAUUUGUCACGGCAACAUAUCGGCUUACUCCUGCAGACACUCCUACAGAGAGGAGUAACUUUACUUGUAUGAGUAGUCCAUGGGAAUAUGUAUGUGACUGAUGUGGGUGUUUGCUGGAGGAAGCUCUGAGUGAGGAACCAGAAAAAAAGAUGCUGGUAGCCCUUGCCACUGCCUUCUAAGUCCGAUUAAAUUGCGUUUCUACCGCACAAGUAGCGACCAACAACCAAAUUUGGUUUCUUUGCUACUGGUACAGAGAAUUCAUUGCCAAUCCAAUGCAUGGGAACAGCAGUACCUGCUACUGAUGAUAAAGUGCCAUACCCUCUUCCACUUCCUAGUUCUAUCCCAUUAUUUUUGAAGCCGCCUAAAAUUAAAACCCAAGUCCUAUACGAACAACAUCAGCUGGUGCACUCUUGUCUCUCAUCCCCAACUUAAAAGCUUCUUUAUGUAGAGCCCUGGGAUGGAAAGGACUAGCCUCUAGUGAUGCAAAAAAGUUUCCUUCUUAUAGCACAUGCACUUACAAGUAAAUGAUCUACACUUUUCUCACAUGUUUUUACUACUGCUGGGGCCUUCCUACACCCUUUGAGGGCUAUUUUGUACUACUUGCAGCAAUUUUGCAUCUUCAAAGUGUCAUCUCACUUCCAUUAUAUUAUAUAUAUGUAGAAAUAUAUAUAUAAUAUGAGAUCAUUGUUUGGAUGGUUUAGACUGUUUCACAAAUUUUUCUCAUUGUACCCACCGUAUAAAUUUCCAAAGCUUUUUUAGAUGCCCUGGUGUGUCCUGUGGGUUUUCCAGGCCAGUUAGAGCAGUGAGGCCUUUGGUCCUCAGGUGAGGUAGCUCAGAAUUGGGCUGCCCCAAACUACAGUACACAGGACACUGGCUUAGCAGUGGGAGAGGAGGAAUGUCUCUCUAUGUCCAGUCAACUGAGAUGGGUCAGUGCUGAGAAAAGUGUCCACCUCCAAAUAAAAUUCUAACAACAAAUCCAUGAAAAUCGAGUACAAAACCAAAAACCCAAACACAUGCCUCCUUGGAGACAAAUUACAAAGUUCUCUUUCAAAAGUUUGAAAGGAAAAAGCUGCAAGGGUGCAAGGGCCUAAUAAGAGAGGAAGAAAAACAAGGGAAAUUGCUUCACAAAAUUCUAAUCAAAAGACUAAACUAGUUGUUUUUUUCAAACAAAUUAGCUAAUUGCAAUGAAAUGGCAGUCCUCAAAGGAGUAACAAGUUCAUCUUUCUUUCACCAUAGGGGUUACAGUUCCUUGGCUUGUGCUACUCUGGAAUCAUUUUACUGUUUCUGUUUUUAUUAUCUUAAGUGCUAAUUAACAAAAGGAAAAAAAUAUCCUGUAGUUUCAUUACCUUUUUGGAUAAUGUCAUACAAAAAAAAAAAAAAAAGAAAGAAAAAAAAACCUAUGUAUUUGUGUUUUUUUUGUGCUGUGAAAAUUGUUGUUUGUAGAUUAAUAAUACUAUCAUUUUGUUUAGAAUUACAAACUAGUUUUUAAGUAUUGUCUGAGAAAAGCCAAAGUUAAUGCAAUCUAGUGGAAACUGUAAGACCAUUUGAGUAUUGUUUCUGUUUUAUUGAUGCAUUUGGAUUUUGUUGUUUGAUGGAAUUUGAACCAAAAAAAAAAAAAAAAGGAAAAAAAAAAAAAAGCAGGCUUUCCUAUUUCUACAACUUGAUUGUACUUAUGCAUUUUGUACCAGUGGAAUUUUUUAUACUGGAGAUUAAAAAAAAAAAUGGAAAUUUUUGUGGCUUACUCUUGUGGGCCCCCUCGAUCAUGAAUGAUUUUCAAGUUUGAUUUCUGGAUGGUAGAAAGAGAGUUGGUUUUGUUUAGAGAAUUCAAAACUUUGGCUUGAUUUCUUUUUUGCCCUUUGCUUAUAUCUAGUGUUUAGAAUUUUGUCUUAACAAAAGCGGUAAGUUUCACUUUUUAUUCUGUAUCGUGCAGUUACACAAUAAGGUAAUUAGAAUUAGGAGUACUCGGUCACUUUGCGUGGAUAAAUGUAUUAGUUAAAAAGUUAGGGGUUUGCUUUUUUGCUGUUUAGAUCAGAGUUUUUUCUGAUUCUUCUGUCCUCAUUGUGAACAUAACCGUGUAGUUGAAACAGUCAGACUUAUUUUUGUAACGUAUGUUAUUGUGUGAUGCAGUUUUUUGCUUCUGUCUCCAAUAUUAAACCAUUUUCCUAAUACUUGUCUCUCUACUUUGUGUGUUGUAUUGUUGGUGGUCAUUCUGUGUUGGUAAUACAUCUACACACCUCACUGUUUCACGUGCCUGUUGAGUUUAUUUUUAUUUUAUUUUCUCUAUUUGUUGGUUGUCUACAAAAGAUACAGUCGAUUCCACCUAAGUGAAUAUCUGAUUGGGGGGCAAAAGAGGAUUUGUACAUUUUAGACAUUGUUGUGGUUUCUUUGAGUUUUAUUUUCUUUUUUCUCUCUUCCUCCCCCUAGUCAUCCCUUAUCACUUGGAUAAUCUAUCGGAGCAGGAAGCAUUUUAAAUGAGUUUCCUGCAAAGUCAUCUUGAAGGUAGCUUUUGUUAGCCUUCUAACUGCCAACACUUCUGCACACAAACACACAGAAGCCACCUGAAAAGACUUUUUUGUGCUGUGGCAUUUCAGUCAGACCGGAAAAUGCGGAUUGUGGAGAUCAAAUCUUCCUAGGUAUUAAAAAUAAUAAUAAUAAUAAUAAUACUCUAUCACUACUUCGCAGAAGUGUGUGAAACAUUCAAGAAAAGGAGGAUAUAGCCUUGGGAUUUCUUCCAAACUGCACAGUAAUCUGAUGGCAUAUGGUGUUAGUCAAACUCUCCUUAGAAACUCAUCACAUCUUAACUAGGGCUGUUAGAGGCUGCAAAAGCCUACCAGGUGAUUGAGCUUCUUAUGUGCAGUUACACAUAUAACAACUUAAAAAAUAAAAUAAAAACCAAGUGUGCACAGGAAGACUUUCUAUUACAGCCAGUGGAAGUACAAAAAAAAAAAAAAAAUAGAAGAAGUUCCCCUCCUGUUCAAAUGGGUAGUAGUUUUGCUGUGGGCUUCCCAAGCAGAUCAUUCUCAGCAUUGGC